UAUUUUGAGAAAUCAGCGGAUCAGGCAGGAUGUGCGCACACUCCGAAAAUCGGCUUUUUUCUAAAAAAUCGGGUGGUUUUGUGUAGAUAAAAAGACGUUGAUAGGGAAAUAAAAUCCUGCAGACAACGAUAUCUUCUGGAAAGAAUAAUUCGUUGGUUGUGUUAGCUCCCGGAGUACCUGGAUUAUCUGAGAUUAGCUAACCGGCUAAAAAGCUAACAACAAAAACAGACACCAUCUGAUUUAAGACAGCAUAAUGGCUGAAUCCAGUGACAUGAUUGAAGUCACGGUCAAGACUCUGGACUCUCAGAGCAGGACCUACAGAGUGAGAGGACAGCUGACAGUGAGACAGUUCAAGGAGCACAUCACCACAUCAGUGGAGAUCCCGGUCAGUAAGCAGAGGCUGAUCUAUCAGGGCCGCGUGCUGCAGGAUGAGCGCACUCUGGCUGACUACAAUGUGGACGGUAAAGUGAUCCACCUGGUUGAGCGUGCCCCUCCACAAACCUCCACACUGCCGGGCCCAGGGGGAGCUGGAGUGUCCCCAGGUGAAGGAGCAGAGGCUGGGUCAAGCAGCAAUAGUCAUCCUCCCUCCUCUUCACAAGGCUCCCCACACGAUCGAAACGGGAACAGCUACGUCAUGCUGGGGACAUUCAAUGUUCCUGUUAACAUCAUGGAUCCCCAGCAAAUACAGAUGUCUGUUCAGCAGAUGAUGGCUGGAGUUGGAGAAGCAGGGAGGAGCACCAGGGUCAGCACUGGCACUGCGAGCUCCGGGUCAGUGGACGUCCAGAUGGGUGUGGAGCCAGCACAGAGUGAAGCCCGCAUGAGGCUACAUUUGGCUGAGAACCUGCUCCGAGAUGCACGUGCUCUCAUCUACAGGCUGGAGGGAGUUUCUGUGGGCAGUGGCUCACACUCUGAGUCAGAGGUGUCCCAGUCUUCAUCCUCUCCUCUGCCUUCCACCUCUGCAGAGAGCGAGGCCUCACAGUCCACAGAGCCUGGCCCCUCUGCUGGAGCCUCCUCCACAGCCACACAAACCCCAGGAGCACCCAGCACGGGGACUAAUCCUCCCAGCCCUGCGGAAUUCAUGGAGGUGCUCUCUGAAGUGAGGAGGGUGGAGGAAAGGCUGCGCCCCUUUAUAGAGAGGACCCACUCCAUCCUUGGGGCCGCUACCUCUGCAGACUACAACAACAACACAGAGGAGCGUGAAGAGGACCAGCGUGUUCUGAAUCUGGUGGGCGAUGCUCUGCGUGUGCUGGGGAACAGUCUGGUGGUGCUGGGAGAUCUGCGCUGUAACCUGUGCAGCCCUCCCCCUCGGCUCCUGCACGUUCUCCGGCCCAUGGCUCACCUUGCCCAGGCCCAUCCUGUGCUGCUGCAGGCCGGACUGCCACACAUGCCUAUUCCUAUUAACCUCGGCACAACAGUCACUAUGACGUCAAAUGGGAGAGCAGCAGAGACACGUCAGCCCCCGCACACCUCCAGCCAAUCAGAGGAACCAGCCCCAGGACAAGCCCCGCCCUCCACCUCAAAUGGGUCCAAUCAGCAACAAGGACAGGGGGGCCCACGGGUGAUCCGCAUCACUCACCAGACCAUGGAGCCCGUGGUCAUGAUGCAGAUGAACAUUGAUGGGGAUCCUCCUGGACAGGCCUCUGGUCAGGAGAAUGCAGCAGACUCUGGACAACCAGGGGUCCCUCUGGCUCCGUUCCCGGGCCUCCCACCUGAGUUCAUGCAGGCCAUAGUGCACCAGAUCUCCCACCAGGCGGCGGCCAUGGCCUCUGCUGCAGGUCAGCCCACAGCUGCAGCCCACAGCCCUCCUCCUGCCCAGGCCCGAGUGCUCAUCACCCGGCCAGCCUUCCCCCCUCGAGGCCCUCCUCCACCAGGGUCCAGAGGGACCACCAUCAACCUCAGGGCCACAGUCCCACCUGCAGGACAGCCAGGACAGGGUCCUCCAGUGCCUCCUGCAGCUCUCACUCAGAUGAUCAGUGGUCUGGUGGGACAACUGCUCAUGCCUGAACCUACAGAUGACCCUGUUCACCCUGAGCCGACCCCUCAGCCCCCUACACAGACCUCCUCUCAGAACAGUGCAUCUGUGGGACAGCCAGCAGGUGGCAGUGCUGACGGCAGCCUUGCCCAACUCCUGGGCUCCCUGCUGGGGGGAGGAGGGACUCAGGGGGGGCCCGCUGCUGGAGCUACUCCAUCCAUAACUGUGACGCUGCCCGGAGCGCCGCUGCUCUUCCACUCAGAGGCCACGCCUCCUGUCAGCAGCCCUGCUCCCCCAGCUCCCCCUCCUCCCCCUGCAGGCCCUCCGGUGAUGGGCACAAGAGCGGAGGAAGAGUCCCUGAGCCCAGAGUUGUUCUCUGGAAUCGUACAAGGAGUGCUGUCCACCAUGAUGAGCUCUCUGGCCCCACAGCAGGGCACCACUGGGGAAAGCAUCGCCCACUUCAUCCAAAGACUGUCCCAGACCAGUAACCUCUUCAGCCUGGGCUCUGGAGAGGCAGGGGGGUUCUUUGGUGACCUCCUCUCCCUCCUCUGUCAGAGCUUCUCAAUGGUGGACAUGGUGUUGCUUCUCCAUGGUAACGCCCAGCCCCUAAGCCGCAUACAGCCCCAGCUCACACGCUUCUUCAGUCAGCAGUACCUCCAGGGACGAGAGCCCACCCCCCGCAACAUCCAGUCUGCCUCAGAGGAGCUGAUAAAUAGCUUGGAGCCACACAUCGCAGAGAGCUUUGCCACAGUGACAGUGCGAGAUGGAGUGGACAUCGUUCAGACUAAUCUGUCCUUUUUCAGACAGCAGCUGGCUCAGAUGGCCACACAUAUCCUCCACUGUAACGACCCCUCCUUCGGGCCCCGCCUGUUGCUGCUGUGCACCCAGGCUCUGUUUGAGUGUCUGGCCCUCAACCUGUUCUGUCUGAGAGGAGAGCAGAGUGCACUCACAGCUGUCAUCAACCACCGAAUCAGGAGGAUGUCUGCCGAGGUGAACCCCAGCCUGGUGAACUGGCUGACGGGGAUGAUGUCUGCCAGGCUGCACCUCAUCCUGGAGCAUAACCCGGUGACUCAGGACCACAUCCAGAACUAUGUGGUCUACACACAGGCACAGAGGGCAGAGGCAGAGGGGGAUCAGCCACGAGACGCUCACAAUCAAGAGGAGGAGCGUCUGUCUCCAGCCGCUGCCACCACAGCAGAAGAAGCUAUGGCUGCUUCAGGAGACAGGGCUGAGAGGGGCCCUCCAGCUGUGUCCUCAGGGGAUAUUAGGCCCCACAACCCCCCCACGGGCCCUGUACCUGCCUCUGCUCCACCCCUCACAGGACGAGAGGAUGGGCCUACAGAGGCAGAGCCAUGGGCAGCAGCUGUGCCAGCGGAGUGGGUCCCCAUCAUCAGACACGAUAUGCUGUCCCAGAGGAAGAUGAAGGCCCAGCCCCCAUUGUCUGACGCCUAUCUGCACGGGAUGCCUGCCAAGAGGAGGAAGACCUCUCAGGGGGAAGGCCCCGCACUUUCUCUGUCAGAUGCUGUGAGUCGAGCUGCUCGCACCGCAGGGGUCCUACCACUGACCACCGCCUCAAGCCUACAGGGGGAGCUAGAGACGCCUGAGCUCCAGGAGGCAUACACCAGACAGGUGAGGAGGGACAUCCAGGAACGAGUGAGAGAGGACCCAGACUACAGUGCACACAGAUUCCCUCAAAUCCAUCGGGCCUUCUCCCAAGAGGACUCAUGAGUCCUGGAGACACCUGUCAGUACCACCUUUCUGCACCUAUCUGGCACCUGUCUGCACCACCUGUAGCACCGAUCAGACUGUAGAAAACUCCCUUUUAUCGUGGACAGACAAAGCAGCACAGCAGUGGUCCCAACUCUGGAUGUCUGCAAGUUAAUAACCUUAAUAACCCUUUACUACCCCCUUGGUGUUCACACAUCCACCUUUUUCACUUUCAGAUGAAAUUAAACUAGACUUUAUGUAGAGAGAUCAGAUAUGCCAAAUACUAUGAAGCAUUUUUUUGGUUUGUCCUUUUACUUUAGAGUUUAAUUUUCACACUAUAUUUGAAUAUGUGCAGGCCACGUCUCCAGCUCAAACAUCAUUGUGUUUAUAAACAACAACACAAAUGUAUUACUGCUCCAGCCGACUAAUUCCUAUGUUGACAAUUGGCUUUGAUGAGUCUGUCAUAGUAUAAUUUUAUACAUAUUUUAUAGUACAUCGCUGCGCCUGUGCUUGCAGCUUGUAGCAACCAAUCAUGUUUCUUAUGAGCAAGAUAAAUUAUUUUUGAUGAAAAAAUGUAAAGGGUGUGAUGCAGGAUAGUAUAGAAAUAUUAUAAAAAAGUAUUACAAUAUUUUGAGUAAUAGUUUUUCUUUGAUUAUGAAGCAAAAACAUUAUCCCUGCGCUCCAGUAUUUUAACUUCAUAUAAUGCAGCUUUUGUUGAAACGUAAAUUUUAAGGACCUGAUUAUAUUGUUUUGAAUGUGUAUAUAUUAACAGUGUGUUUUGUACAUACUUAGUUGUAAAAUGAAUACUUCUGAAGUAGCUGCUGUGAUAUGAGACCUGUCAAUCAUCAUUCGACAUUUUCUGUUUACAAAGAUCAUUUUUGGCUGUUUGAAAAUGAAAAUUAUUUUUGUAGUUUGGAGAAGCAGAUGGGAAGAAAAAUGUAUCAAGAAUAACUUUAAAUUAGGCAAAAACAAUCUGACCACAAUUUAUAAUUUUCAAGUGGUUUUAUUGAUCACUUUGUGACGAGUCAGUUGUGAUUUUGGUUAGAUUUUAAUUAAAGAGGGGGUAUUAUGCAAAAUCCACUUUUGGAGCCUUCUACCUUGUUAUAACGUUCUCUCAUCAAAAAAAUGCCUGGAGGUUUUAGAUGAUCAUUGCAUGCUUGAGUACUUUAGCGAUCCUCCUCUUGUUUAGCUGUAUGAUCCUUUACAAGACUCAGCCCACAAGCCUACGUCACCCAUGCUCCUGCAUGUCUAUUUUUCAGAUAUACAAAAGCAUGACACAAAACUACACUACAACUUCAUAAAAGUUCAUGGGCAGUAGUUUCAUUAGCAGAAUGCAAGCUGAUUGUGAUGUGAUAGAGCUCUGAAGAGGGGGGACCCAUAAAAAGGGGGGACUCAUAACAUCAAAACAAAACUAACAUUGUUUUUGGAUAAUAUAGCAUUUUAAAAAUGAUAAAAGGUAACAUUGAUUUAAAUAUGUUAUGUGUUAGCAAUUAAUAGAAGUGUAAUAACCCCUCUUUAAUGUUAGCCGCUAUAUCAAUGUUAAUCUAUUUUCCUGUCUACUUCUCUACCUAACAUUUGUUACUGUAGUCAAAGUAUACCUCAUAGUUUUUACAAUAUACUGUACAUUUCAAUGCAUUUACCAUGUUCAAAUCCUACUGUAUUGAAAUAAACAGAAAUGACCUC